AUGACGGCAGUGUCGCCAAAGCCGUUGUCUCCCGGCACACACGGCACACCCAUUAUGGAAUGGGACGAGGCACAGGUUAACGCGUACUUUGUCAGCUUGGGAUUGAAGCAGUAUGAGGAGGUCAUUUAUGAACACGGCAUCACGGGCGAGGUGCUGUGCGCCCUCGACAACGAAACCCUGGUCGACCUCGGGAUGACUUCGCUCGGGCAUCGGCUCAACGUCCUCCGCGCCGUAUUCGAGCUCAAGAAGGAACAAGGCGUCGAGAUAGGCGAGGACGACUGGCGGCCACAAGAAGAAGUAGUGUUUGAGGCGAUGGAGACGGCAGCUACGAUCGACAGGAUGUGGAAUCUUGUGCUGGAUCAGCAGGAGCGACUCCAGUCUCUUGAGAAGGAGCAGUUCCGGUUGAUGCGUGCACUCUCAGACAACGGCAUACAGCUACCACCACCCAUGCCGACCCUCGUCCAAGUGGCCGAUACGUCAACAGCAGGGAUGACGUACUCGUUCGACUCGCCCAGCCACAUUGGCGUAGGCCCACCACCAUCAUCACAAAGCAAGCUGCAGUCCAGCAUGCCGCCUCUCACCAGACUCGCGAGCGGGACUGUCGUGCGCUCCAACUCCAGAUCAGAACGGAACGACGGCGCGUCGACAGCCCCACUACCCUCCAGUCCGACACCUCCAGUGGAGCCAGCACCCGCGCCCUCUGGCGGAUCGUCUCAUGGCGCGCGCGACGCGGCCCACUCGGCUGCCAAGAGCUUCCGUGUGACGAUGGAGGACCCGUGCUGGAAGGUGCUUCCUGCCGCGCUCAAGAAGUACAAGAUCAACGACGAUUGGAAGAUGUACGCGCUCUUCAUCUGUUACGGCAACACGGAGAGAUGCUUGAGUUACGACGAGAAGCCGCUGCUGCUGUUCCAAAAGCUGAAGGAGGGCGGGCAGCGGCCCGUGUUCAUGCUACGGCAUAUCCGCGACAUCAAGUCGCCCAUCGCGGUGGCGCAGCAGAAGCAGGCGAUCAAGCUUGGACUCCCAGCAAACUCGACCGCAAAUCUCCUUCCUCAGUUGGACGCUCCAACUCCAUCACCCACAAAGGCAGCCGGAUCACCAGGCGCCACAAAGGACGGGGCCUCUGGUGGGCACACGCCAGGCGAAGGCGCGUUCCCAGAGAUGCCGUCUCCCGGUAUGCGCGACGGUGAAGCGGUGGCCAACGGAUCUAAAGAGAGCAAGGAGAAGGAGAAUGGCACAGCCGCUACCACACAACCGCGCACCCCUGUUACUGGCACGCUCAUGGACAAGGAUGGCAAGGUGCACAAGGUCACGUACGCGAUCAGCAUCUACCCGUACAUUGCCGACCGGCAAGACGAGUUUGAUGUGGCGGUCGGCGCGGCGUUUGUCGUCAUGUCCAAAGCGAAGGGUUGGUGGUUCGUCCUCAAGGACGCCGAAGGGAGAGGCAACAUCAACUCGGAGACGACCAAGAGCGCCUGGGUACCAGCCGGGUGCUUGCUGGAACUCACAGCGCCGAUCGCCAGUAUCUCGCCACAGUCGCCCGGAUCCAUUCCCGGACGCGCACCCAUCCCACCCGCCAGCAUCAUGAGCUCAAGCUACCCCGGCGUGGUGCUCAUGAACCACACGGGCAAGGACGCGCACGAGCUCGCAAUCCGGGAGGGCGAGAGAGUGCGCGUGUACAAGAAGUACUGUCACUGGAGCUACUCGAUCAAGGAGGACACGGGCGAGCGCGGCUGGGUGCCCGCGUGGUUUGUCGGCAAACUCACUGGCGCAAGCCAGUCAGCAGCGCCACCCCCGAGUACGAGCGGCGGUGGCAACGAGGCCCCGCCACCAUACCAAAACGGCAGAGAGGAGGGCGAGAAGAAGGAAGAGUAG